AUGAGCUUUUCGCCUUUGGGGAUGGUCACUUUCGUGGUGUUCAGGGUAACGCUGCACUCCAUGCAUGGGGAGCAGGACGUCAACCUGACGACCCGAGCCGUCCUUAACCUGCAACUCCGGCUGAUGGAUAGUGAUGUCGACAUGAGCGACAUUUGUAUUUCCCAAAAGCUUGAACGGGACAUCUGCCUGGACACACACUGGUGGUAUCUUGGCAAGCUGCGUAUUGAGCGCGUUCUGGGAAGCAGCGGCGAUCAAAUCCCAGCCAUUGCUAGUAGUUUCGUUUUGAGACAUUGCGGGGUGGGCUGUCAACACAUCACGCCACAUCCCACCAAUGGGUCGAACUUCGCCCCUUUCUUCUCCAUUACAUAUCCCUCACUUCUCCACAACUUCUGCCCCCUGUCGUGA